AUGAAUAUCUGGGCAAUAAUUGUCUUCACUGACUAUGCUAUCGCAGCUAUUGGAGUGAUUGCCAACUUACUCUAUUUCAAACUAGUUGUUCUUAAUAAAUAUUUUGACGGAUAUUGCAGAAUCACAUCCUUCAUUAUUUCCGUUUCAAUGUUUUUAGUUAUUGUGUCCCAAGUAAUUUCCUCCGUUAUUUGCCUAACGCAAGAUGGUACUUAUUUUUCUUCUGCACAUUGCGGAGAAACGGACCUUUAUUAUUUUAUGGGAUAUUUAGCACCCAUUGGAGAAUUUUCUACUUCCGCAGGAAUAUUUAUUUUGGUCUUCGAACGAUACGCAUCAGUUUACUUUCCGUCAUUUCGCUUGUCUUCUGCCUACAAAAUUUGGUUUUUGCAAAUAAUUUUAAUUCAUUUUGGAGCACUUUGUGUGUUUGUAUAUUUGCAAAAAAUAGACAAGUCAGCUUUUGCUUUAUUGAGUAGCGUCUUUGCAGUUUCAGUUAUUUACCUUUCUUCGUUUUUGCUCGAGAUUUUCCUAUACUUCUCUGCAAAAAAUCGUUACUACAAAACCAUCGGUCAGAUGUGUUUGACAAAGCGAUAUAUGUUGUCGGAAAGUUUUGAAUUGUGUCAAAGUUCGUUCAAUGCUAUUUUAUGUGCGUUAUUAAUCAACACUUUACUUUUUGUUUCCUUUUGGCUGUUUGUUUUAAAUAUUAUUCCAUUUGGAGUAAUAUACCAAUUUUUUCUUAUUUAUGGAGUUAUGAAAGUAGUAUCUGCAACUCUAUUUCCAAUAUUAUUUAUUUAUGGCAGCAAGAGCAUCAGGAAAAAAAUUCUUACAAGGUCAAAAAUUAAAUCAACCGAAGUUAGAAAGCUGGAUGGGAACAAAAUAAUUCUUUCACAAACACAAGAAGAAUAUUUCAAAGAACUUCAAAAUACUUGGUCGUAA